CAAUCUCACCCCCCCACACACACACACUCCACCACCAUCCUCCCUCUCCCGCUGCCGAGCCCGCCGCCGGGGCGGAGCAGGCGGCUCCGGGGGAGCGGGCGGGCCGCUCACCUGCCCGCCCAGCCCCGCCGCGGCCGGGGAGCCGGAGCCGAUGGCGGCCGCCGACCCGCCGGACGCCGGGGACCUCUCGCAGCUGGCGGAAAAUCUGCUGUAUCAGCUGCAGGAGAAUUUUCAAGCCCUGACUGAAAAGAUAACGCUGAGAAUGGAAGAAAUGGGCGAGCGCAUUGAUGACCUCGAGAAGCAUGUUGCUGACCUGAUGACAGAGGCUGGGAUAGAAAACACCGACGAAGAGUUGAGACACUGAAAUGAGGAUGUGAUCAAGAAAGAUAAAGGGAGAACAGCACUGCACUGAAUCUGGGAGUUUACAAUCAGCGUCACUAGUCACAAAAGCAUUAGUGAAAACAAACAUGUUUGCAUCAUGUCACGAUAGAAUCUAAAAUGUUAUUUAUUUUUUUUUAAUUAUUGCCCCAGGGAAAAAGGAGCAAGCUGGGUUUAUUCCUCUAAAUGGGACACUAUUUCCUGUAACUGGAAAAGAACUGUUAGUUUCAGGGAAGGAAAAACCCACUAUUUUGGAUAGAAAACUAUAUCCUAUAUAGUGAACUGAUGCAGUCACAAAGUUUUUCAAUGUAUGAAAAUGUAUUUCAUUUAUUUCAGUAAUAUUAAAUUUUUCAUCAUA